AAUUGAUCAUUUGUAUAAUCUCAUUCCUUGUCUCCGAGUCGUGCCCAAGGUGUUGGUGGAAGAGAUUACCUAUACAUGAAUUGUCCGCCCACUUGCUUGGCCUUUGUAGCAUGUUCAUCCCAACGAGGCUCGUCGUGCCGACAAGUCUCGGUCGCCUUCGAGCCUGGUUCAGCAGUACAUCACACCCAUGCGCCAGCACGCCAGCCUCCAGCGAAACCCUCCACUACCCUGAGCCGGCAACGUCACAGCACCAGUGCCUGGAUUCGUUCCUGCAGCAUGCCAAGCGCACAGGCCUGGACCCAGGCUCGACAAUCUACGUCGGCACCCACUUCGAGUACACGGUUAUGAGGAGCCUCUCACGGUACGGCUUCUCGCUGCGGCGCGUCGGCGGCGUUUCCGACUUCGGCAUCGACCUCCUGGGCACCUGGACCGUGCCCUCGUCCCCCACGCCUCUCAAGGUGCUGCUGCAGUGCAAGGCCAUGUCGCGCAAGGCCCUGCCCCAUCACAUCCGGGAGCUAGAGGGCGCCUUCGUGGGCGCGCCCACCGGCUGGCGCGGGCGCAAUGUCGUCGGCUUCCUUGCCACGCAGCAGCCCGCGUCUAAGGGCGUCCGGGAAUCUCUGGGGCGCAGCAGGUGGCCCAUGGGGUUCAUCACUUGCUCGCAACUAGGCCAGGUUCAGCAGAUGCUAUGGAACGCUGGCGCUGUUGACCAAGGCUUGAGCAACCUGGGUGUCACAAUGCAGCACGGCGCAAACGGUGAUAGCCAGGUAGCGCUGAGUUUCAGGGGAGCUCCUCUUGCGUCCUGAUGGCCAUGCCUGGAUCAUGAGCGGUUGCGGGCAGACACAUCACCACCUUAAAGCGGCUUAUAUCGUCUGUUUUCUGCGCAACAGAAACCAGACAGGUGACUUUGCUCUCGCUGGGCGUCUCAGCAAGCCUCGACCGCGGCUAAACAUCCGAUUUGCUGCGGCCACGGGUUCAAGCACGUGCAGAUGUGUUAUAUGCGCGGAGCAGUUGAAGAGAUUUCGGGAAUACCAGAAUUCCAGCAGGUGGGAAGCAGAGAAAACACCUGGCAGUUAUUGUACUGUACAAAACCUCAAAUCCUGUUCAGUCCUCCCAGACCGCCCGCUUCGCCUUUUCGACCUCCUCGAGCCUCUUCCUCUCAGCCUCGCGCUCGUCGUCCCUUCGUUUGCGCUCCUUCUCGCGCAUCGCCUUGUCAUACGCCUUUUGUUCCUCAGUCUGCCUGGGAACCUUGACACCCAGUGCACUGGCAAUCAUACGGCGCGCCGCAGCAUCGGUCUUCUCGGGUCGCUUCUCCUCUUCGACGCUGCUCAGCGCGGCGGAUAUGCUGCUAGGCUGGCUGCCCUUGAAGAAAGCGCUCUGAUGGCUGGGAUUUAUGGGUGUCGGGGGCGGCGCUUGCGUGCCGCCCGUUGAGACUUUGUAAUCGGACGAGACCGGAGUCGGUGGCGGUGCCUUUGUGCCAUCUAGGUCGGCAGUUGCGGGAGAUGGACGGCCGUCAUCUGCGGCGCUGCCCUCGGCAUCAGACUCGGAAGAAAUGUCUUCGUCUUCCCACGAGUCUGCCACCUGCUUUUUCUUGGACUUUAUUGUCUUAAAGACCGGCUUGGGCCCUUUCGAGUCGCUUGCUGGGGCGAUCGUCAGCUUCGCGACAGACGCGACGACAUCUUCGGUUGAGCGGGUUGUAGUAGACAUGAUCGUGCCGCUGCGCCUGCGUUCUACUCCGACGACACAGAACGGAGACAAUAAAAAAUAGAGAUGCGCUCGAGGUUCCUGCUAGGAUGUGCAGUGCUGGUCGUCUGCAAAAGACCUAAGGGAUUGUGCGACGGGAGACUGGAUGGCAAGGCCAGCAGCACGAUCGUGGCCAGCAAAAGAAGACAGGUCGCUUCUGAGCCUCACCCCACAGACACUGGGGUCCUGCAGCUGCAGAAGUUAUAUGGUAAUAUUUAGGGGUGAGCCAAGAAUAAAAUACGGAACGGCUCGGGGGUGGUGGCCUUUGUAAAAGGGGCUUGGGCAGUGAGGGGGCACAGCUAGGCCAGGCUCUCAAUGACACCGUCAGCUGUAGCCGAGAUAGCACAAGUUUAAAAGAUGGUUUUGUUGGUCGCAAGCCUCAC